AUGAGUGCUAUCUACAAACUUUCCAUCCAGGGUAUUCGUUCUUUUGACUCUAAUGAUCGAGAAACGAUAGAGUUUGGUAAGCCUUUGACACUUAUCGUUGGUAGUAAUGGGUCGGGGAAGACGACUAUCAUAGAAUGUCUCAAGUAUGCUACUUCAGGGGAUUUACCACCUAAUAGUAAAGGUGGAGCGUUUGUUCAUGAUCCCAAGAUCACAGGUGAUAAGGAUAUCAGAGCACAGGUGAAACUCGCGUUCACUAGUGCAAAUAAUUUGAAUAUGAUUGUUACUAGAAACAUUCAACUGCUUGUAAAGAAGACUACGACUACGUUCAAGACUCUAGAGGGUCAAUUGGUGAUUGUGAAUGGCAAUGGAAAUCGUAACACGUUGAGUACGCGGUCUGUAGAGUUGGACACACAGGUACCACUUUAUAUGGGGGUCCCCAAGGCUAUCUUAGAGUAUGUCAUCUUUUGUCAUCAGGAAGAUAGUUUAUGGCCUUUGAGUGAGCCAUCGAAUCUAAAAAAGAAGUUUGAUGAAAUUUUCCAAGCAAUGAAGUUUACAAAAGCUUUGGACAGUCUGAAAGGAAUCAAAAAGGAUAUGUCAGUAGAUAUAAAGCUCCUGAAACAGUCUGUUGAACAUCUGAGGGUCGACCGAGAUCGAUCCAAGGCUACCCAGGUCAAUAUCUCACAGCUCGAGUCGAAAAUUGCGUCCUAUCAACAAGAGGUAAAGAAUAUAGAAGAACAAUUGACCGAUAUCACGGAGCAAUCAGACAGAUUGUUCAAGUCAAACCAGGAUUUUCAGAAAGUUUUGUCAAUGUCGGAAAACUUGAAGAACAAUCGUGAAUCUAUAAAGGACCAAAUAAAAAGAUUAAGCAGUGCCAUCGACCUGAUUGACUUACCAAAACCAGCGCUUGAGCAACUGCUGUUCAAUUUCUCAAGUUCACUGCAUGAGAAGGAGGAAGAAGUGAUGAGAUUAGAAGCCGUGGUGAAGUCCAUGAAAUCGCAUGCGAUCGAGUUACAAAACGAUUGUAAUGUGCUUAUUCGAAGACAAGGUGAAUUAACAGCAAAUAAGGUCACGCAUGAGAGAAAUUUGGAGACACUAAAGCAUAUGGAACAAGAUCUAACCAAUGCCUAUGGUGCAUCGUUUGGCGAUAAGACGACUGGUGACAACAUUACGGGUCAACUUAAGUCCAUCAGAGACAAACUUGAGCAGGAAAGGAAUGAAUUCGUUAGUGGUGGGGAUAAAGAGCUGAAAGAUCUCAACAAAGAGCUAUCGGAUGCCAAACACGCUGCAAUUGUUCAGAGCGAAAGGCUGGAAUAUAAUAAGAAGGACACAAUAAAGUUGGCUAGUGAAAUAAAUCGCCUUGGAACUGAAUUGACUGUGUUGGAAUUUACGAACGAAGACUUGAAUAACGAAAAGGAAUCCCUCAACAAGUUCACUGAAAAACUGAAAGAUCUGGAGAAACAGGAUAACAUAAGCAACAUUAAUCUUCAAAUAAAAGAGAAAAACAAUAAGAUGAUCAUUUUGGAAAAUGAUUUGGAAACCUUACAGGGACGGAUAUCAAAAACUAGCGAGCAGGCAGACCUUUUCGCGAAACUAUCAUUCAUAAAGAAGGCAAUACAGGAAAAAAGGCAGGAAUUACAAAGAAGGAUCGAAGGUUUUCAGAUAGAUUCUGUGGCUAAAAAGUUGAACUUAAACUACGGUCCUGACAUUGAUAUUGAAUUCAAAAAAUCAUAUCUCGAUUUGCAAAAGAACUUCACAAACAAGAGACAAAAAUUUCAGGUUGCGGACAAAAAGUAUACGGAAGUGUCUCUUAAGCUUACUCAAGUGGAAAAUGAAUUAAAGGAUAACGAAAUCUUGGCAUCUAACCUAGCUAAAAAACUAUCAAAUUCGCUACCUGAGGAUUGCCCUAUUGAAGAAUAUGAUGACGCUGUUGUCGAGUCAGAUUUGUCGUACAGAACAGCACUAGAGAAUUUAAAGAUGCACCAAACAACAGUUGAGUUCAACAAAAAAGCGUUAGAAGUUGCAGAAAGGGAAGACUCAUGCUACUUAUGCUCUAGAAAGUUCGAAACUGAACAAUUCAGGAGUUCAUUACUUGCAAAGCUUAGAGUCAAAGUGGAUUCUAGGUUUGAGCAAACUCUUAAAAGUACUUUGAAGGAUGAAAAGGAAUAUCUGGAUACAUUAAGAAGUUUGAAGGAAGAUAUUCUUGCGCUUAAGACAGCGAAAAACAAGAUAGUAGAACUCAAGAGUAGUAUGGUUGGUAUUGUUAAAAAGGUUGAAGAGUUGAAGAAAGAGAAAGACGAGUAUGAAAUAGAUAACAAUAAAAUGGAAGAAGACAAAAAGUACGUCGAGGGCGAGCUGAGAUCUACUGUAGAGUAUUUCACCAGAACUAAACGAGAGGUAAAGCACCUUGAAGAACAGUCUAAAACUAUUUCGGACGAAUUAGCAUUAUAUGGGACGGUGGAAGAUGGCGUUAAAACUGUCGAUGAGCUGCAAAUUGCUCAAAGAGAAAAGAAUGAACAACUGCGUACACUGAGAAAGGAAAUAAAUCAUUUGCAAGGCCAGAAGGAAACAAAGUCAGCUGAGUUUACGAGGCUCCUCAGCCUCAUCAAAGAAAGGAACUCAAAGGUUGGGGAGAUCGAAAGAGCAUUGUCUGUGAGAGAAAAUAUCGAAAGUGACAUUGCGGCAAAGAACGCACAAGUAGAAACCCUCAGGGCUAGUCUUCAGACUUUGGAAAGAGGAAUGGAGGGGCAAAGUGAAAAAGUUCGGGAGAUUGAAGGAAGGCUCAAUAACAAAAAACAGAUUUUUGAUACUGAAUUUAAUAAACUCAAUGACUCUUUGACAGUAAUGGAUAAGCGGCUUAAUGAGUUUGCAAGAAUACAAAGUGAGAUUGACAGCUUCAAGUCUGAAGGUCUCCAGGCUCUCGACGUUUGUGCAAGACAGCUGACUGAAUUUCAGGAAAAGAUGAAUGAUCUGAAUGAGAAUAUUGAGAGUAAAAAUAAAGAACUGGCGGAAGGAACCAGAAAACUCCGAGAUUCAACCAAUGAAAAGAGAAAUUUGAAGCAAAACAUUGAGAUGCUGGGCUUGAGAUCUUCCUUGGGUGAAAUCGAGCGCGAAAUAUCUAAUCUGGAUGUUCGAAAUGCUGAGGCUGAACGUGAUAAAUACCAACAAGAGUCGCUUCGCCUACGGAACCGCUUCGAAAAGUUAAGUUCUGAGAAUGCUGGUAAGCUAGGUGAAAUCAAGCAACUGCAAAACCAAAUUCAAGCAUUUACUCUUCAACUGAGGACGGACUAUAAAGAUGUCGACAGUGACUAUCAUAAGAAAUGGGUUGAAUUGCAAACAAGAACUUUUGUCACAGAUGAUAUUGACACGUAUUCAAAAGCUUUAGAUAGUGCUAUCAUGAAAUAUCAUGGUCUGAAGAUGCAAGACAUCAACAGAAUCAUCGAUGAGCUCUGGAAGCGUACGUACAGUGGCACCGAUGUUGACUCGAUUCAGAUAAGAUCUGAUGAGGUUAGUAGCAAUGUGAAGGGUAAAUCAUACAACUACAGGGUGGUCAUGUAUAAGCAAGAUGCCGAGCUGGAUAUGAGAGGCAGGUGCUCUGCUGGUCAGAAAGUUCUGGCAUCUAUCAUUAUAAGAUUGGCUUUAUCAGAGACGUUCGGUGUUAACUGUGGUGUGAUUGCUCUGGAUGAACCUACCACGAACCUUGAUGAAGAGAACAUAGAGAGCCUGGCUAAAUCCCUGAGCAAUAUCAUUGAGAUGAGAAGGCAUCAGAAGAAUUUCCAAUUGAUUGUUAUCACUCAUGAUGAAAAGUUUCUCAAUCAUAUGGACGCUUCACAGUUCACUGAUCAUUUCUUUAGGGUUAAGAGAGAUGAUAGACAAAAAUCUCAAAUCGAGUGGGUUGAUAUUAAUAAAGUCACUAAUUGA